ACCACGUAAAUGGCAGCCAUGUCACGAUUUGUGGUUUUAAUUUCUUACAUUAUUUUAAAACCCUUCACAGUAGUUUGUUUUGAAUUUACCACUUAGUUAAAAAGAUUCAAGAUGCUCAGACGUUGGCGUGAUAAAAGGAAAGGAAAUGACCAGGUAGUUUUUUCGCGCCAUAGUAGUGUUUGCGCGUGAUAUUGCUGUAAAUGUGCUGGUCACGGUAUGCCUGCUGCUGGUCUAGUAACCAUGGCCGAUUAUUAUGAUUUAUGCUGUCUUGUUUCUACUCAGCAGCCUGAGAGCCCUACAAAGGAAGGCCCAUCACAAUCGGUGACUGAGACUUCUGUAAGUAUGCAUGCAUCGUCCAACCAUUUUCAUUGAUGGAACUUUUGUAGUACGUGAGAAUUCAUUCAUGAUACUUACAAAUACUACUCGCUAAAUCAUUUCAGUAGACUCACGCGCCUUAAAUAUGAAACAGAUAAUUCAGAGUUUUAUAUGAAGAUUAAGUUUGAAUGUAUUUUAAACCGAAAUGGUUAAUACAAAAAAUAGCGUAUUUCAACGACCCCUUAUUAACUAAGAUUGACCUAAGUAUGCUAAUUCUCCUUACACGUAUAUAAUGGCUCACGGAACGCGGAAGUAUCAAGUGAUGAGAAGUAAUGUGGCUAUAUUUUGACUUUACCAGGGAUUUAUCUGUCCAGUGUGUAUGAUUUCCUUCAAUUCUGCGGAGGAUCUUCAAAUCCACUUUGAAACAGCACAUGUUGACAGUGAGCCAACACCAUCAAGUGGGGUGAGCAAAGUUUUUAACUUUUCCUCACGAAGCAACAGCAGUAAGGCUCUUGCAUAGUGAGUUUAUAAUUUUUUUGGAAUUUGCAUUGCACGUAGCCUCCCACACAGGCGUUUUUAAGGGAGGUCGUGUUUCGUCCCUCCUUACAAACGCCUGCUCAACUGACAACAACAUUCCUUUCCCUAGAUUAGCCAAUCACAUUGUACUUUCCAAAUUCUGGAAAGUUAACCUUGACCGCAAGGUAACCUGAUAAUUACUUGAUCUGCCUUAAGCACUGGGAAAACUUUAUGACCUCCAAUAAAUGUUAGACUCAGAGCAGCAAGAGUAAGAUUUAGUCAGAUUUUAGAAUACUCUGUGCACUGCAUAACCUUAGCAAACAAAAGAAAAGAAGGAAAAAGGUAACUCUAGGGUUAUGUUUAACACUAUCACAAUCUUAUGUAUUGUGUUUAGCCAAUCAACAAUUAAUUUCAAUACUGUUGAUUGGUUCCUUACCACGCAAAUAAAACAAUGGGAAAGGAAUGUUGUUCUCAGUUGAGCAGGCGUUUUUUGGGAGGGACGAAAUAUGAGCUUGCCUAAAAAACACCUGUGGCGGAGGCUACAUUGCACAAGACUCCCAUGAGUAUCGCAAGUGAAGUGAUCUUGCUUUGGUUAUAUUUCUACCUUUGUGGUAUCCGCAGUUGCCUAGCAAUGAUGUCAUGACUGAGCUCCAAUUGACAUCAUUCAAUGUGAUGUCAAGGUGCAUUUUUCGGUUUCUCGGCAUACAGGUGUUCAUAUUAAGCAGUUGUUCGUAGAGUGGGGUUCCACUAUAGUUUGUUCACUCUCAUAAGACAGAUCAAUGCUUGAAUAAUUACUAACAGUGAUCUUUGACUGCUGGAAGAAAUGACAGGCAAUUUCCAAGUUCCCAUACCCCUCUCUGUCAAAUUUAAUUCAAGCAGAAAAUAUUUAUGUCAAUCAAUCAAUCAUUUUUGCUCUGCAUGAGAAUUAGAAAAAAAUUUUUUGUCUCAGUGUGUUUUUUUUUUAUUUACUCUUAUAUACAAGGAACUUAGAAAUAGCCCCUUAUCAGUGGUAGUGAGAACACUUAUCAACUACUGAGGCUUCUUUAUCUUUGAAAUGAACCAGUGCAAAACUUGUAUUGAUCAGAAAUUACCAAACCCUAUAUUGUUUAAGUAGGAAAAUUUCUGUGCAGUCCAGUGACAGUUCAGCUGUUGCGGUACAUGAGACAAUUUGAAUCCUAGCUGAUGUAAAGCAACACAUACUAUUUAACUGCCUUACUCCGGACUGAUGGCAUUCACUUCUUUUCUACAGCAUUUUAUUUGCCCAUUAUGUAUGAAAACCUUUAGCAGUCCUGGACAGCUGCAAACACAUUUUGAUCAGCUUCAUGAAACUGAAAAUGAUUCUGCUGUGGUAAGUCAACAUAACAAUUUUGCCUUAGAAGGUGGAUUACACACUGUAUAAAGAGAUUUUACAACAAUAAACUUUGAGUAAAUAGUAAACUUAGAAAAGUAUAAACUAUUUAGGGUGUUUGGAGUGAUUUUGUCUUCCAGCUCUACCCGAGUGUUUUGCCUCAGUUAAGAAUCAGCAAUGUAAAACAGAAUUUUACUUUACACUAGUGUGAUGUAGUGAUUUUGAAUUUAGAACUUAAUCUUUUGAAACAAAUUUGUGUAUGGUUUUAAAGUUGAAGUCAUACAGGCCUGACUCUUAUUUGCCUUUGUGUCUGUUUAGAAACCAUCAGUUGCACCCUCAACACAGAGUUUACCUCCUGAAACAACAAGAAUUUGGAGUGAAAAACAUGGCUCUUUUCUGUCAUUUGAUGAAGAACUUCCAGCACCGAGGAAAGAAUCUGAAGUGUCCCUCUUGUCAAGCCAGCUUAAAGAGCUGGAAGACAAAACACAGGAGAUUAUGUAUCUUCAGCAGGAAUUAAAUGAGUUGAAUGCUUCGUUAAAGGUACUGAUUGUUUGCAUGAAGGAUACAUGUACAAGGUACCCUCUGUGGUUUGUUUGUAGAUAGUCUUUAAAUGCAGAUAUAUUUCCAAAUAAGUUUAAAUUUACUGUUAUUAUUAUUUUUUUCAAUUCAGGAAGAGAAAUGGUACUCUACUGCCUUGAAGGAAGAAGUGGACAAGAUCACCAAGGAAAAAGUUGAACUGGAGCAGAAAUGCAGUGCUCUGGAAAAGGUCCUCUAUCAAAACAGUAUAGAACCUGUAGAGAACCUGUGUCAUGUUUAGUAACACCAUUCACUAGGUUGAUUUAGCCACAGAAUGGGAACGUCAUUUGACAAUGGGAAAGCACGCGGAAAGGACUAAACUCGACUUCCGGUUCCUGAUUUGCCGCUCUGCCAUUGGUCAAGCCAGUUGUUUGAUUUGCGCACGCCGUCGUCAACUGAUGUUCCCGUUCUGUUGCUAAAUCAGCCUACUGCCAUAUCAUUUACUGGUAAAAUGCUGUAUUCUGGGGUGUCAUUUCAUUAGUAAAAAACCUAUUACAUCAGUCAAGUUGAGCUCACAUGAUUUAAUGGGUGAUGGUACUAGUUAUUACAGAAAAUGUUAUGAGGAAAUAUUUAAUGAUUGCUACCCCUGCUUCCGAAAUAAUAAUAUUAUUUCAGAAGCGGGGGUAGCAAUCAUUAUUAUUGCCCUCUUGUUGGCAUGUUAUAUGUCAUUGCUCCAUGUAACUUUUUUUGAACACUUGUUUGUCAUGUGAUGAAAUUUUUAAAAUGUACCACAAUGUGACCAGUAUUAAUAAUCGCCAUAAGAUGUCACAUCCUAUGUCAUUUGAUUCCACACUGCUGUAUUAAUGUGACAUUGCUUUUUAUAAUGAAAACUAAUCUAUCUAAGGAAAUAUGUAGGUUUGAAUCAGGUAGGUGCAUGAUUGUUUUCUGAAAUAAGAUUGUAAAACCUUUUACAAUGUACAUAUGUUUUCUUUACCCUUGCAUUCAUUUUGUAGGAAAAACAAAACCUGGAAACAGAAUCAGACAAAAAAGUUAUGGCAGAAAAAGAAAACAGCGUUAAAUGUGAGUCAAGAAAACCUCAUCUAUUGUCCAAUUAAAUAGACAAGUGUGCCUUUUUGUUUCUUAUAGUGUUGUGGCAAGAUUGUUUUAAAAUCUAAUUCGGAGUUUCCUUUAUAUUAAAGCUAUGGCAGAGUUUGCCCAACUGAAAGUAGAACUGGCCAAGUCAUUAGAAGCUCAAACUGGGAGUCAGAGUGAGCAGAUGAAUUUAGCUCAACGAAAUUCAGAACUGGUAAGGAUUUAGCUGAAGAGUAGUUUCAUUGAAUAAGGGAAAGAAAGGUGCAGUUUUGGUGGUCUCUAAGAUGGGAAGAUGCAGCUUAGGUUUUCCAAAAAGUUGCAAUAAAAAUUGUGCAAUGAAAGUGCUUUUGUUCUGUCAAUGAAGAAAGUGGAUAACUUGUUUGUGUCCUUGGGUUUUGUUAGGCAACUGAAAAUGCUGGCUUAAAGGCAUCUUUAGAGGAAGAGCAAAGACAACAGAAACUUUUUAAUGAAGAAAUUAACAGGUUGAAGGUACAAACAAACCACAAACUUAAGUUAUUUACAUAACAGUGUACUGUAUAUCAUUGUACUCAUUAUCUUUGUCUUUUUUUGGCUAAGAGCCUACAAUGAUAUUAAUUUUGAAUUGGAAAUAAGUGCAACCAACAGAUUAGUUUGUUAUUUUUUAUUGGGUCACUUACAUCUGUAAGUUGCUAAGCAAUACACAAUUCCCACGAGCAUAACUCACUCCUAAUUUAACCUGCAUUGCUGGUGGCUCUGCCUCUAAGAUACUCAUCUUAUUACCCUCCUCCCCUACCCCAAAUCCCCCCCCACUCACCUUACAAGCCAAAUGAGAGCAAGUGAGCCUGCUUGAAGAAUACUGCUAGUUACUUUGUCAGGGCUUUUUAUCAAUAUCACUGUGUAUAAAAAAAACCUUACCAAAAUAGUACAGUAUAAACAGGUGUUUUAACAUGUACAUGAAUAACUGUAAGGAGCUAAGCUGAACUUUGUUGAUGGACGUUUCCAAUUUCCAAUACUUUUUGUUUUAGGAACAACUAGAGGACAAGUCCAGAUUAACUGAAAACUUAGAAAAACAGCUGUCUCAAAGGUAUGUUGACCUUGUAAGUGGUUCCCUCCUUAGCUGAUCUUACUCUCCUCAAUUUUGAAUGAGUUACCACAGGUAGCUCAGGCUAUCUUUAAUACAAAAAUUAAGGGAUUAAAAAUUUUUAGCAACAUGCUGUCACGGCAGUUACAAGAAAUUAAAGGAGAAGUGAUGUUUAUUACUUUGAAAAUAUAAAAACAUUAUAUAUCUUUUUGUUACAGGCCCUCUGGUGAUGAAAUAAUCACUUUACAGAAUCAGCUUUCCACAGCACAGCAACAAGUGUCCUCACUUCGGCAAGAGAAGGAAGAAGAGCAUAAAACUUGGCAAGAAAAGUUGAAUACAGCCUUAACAGAAGUCAAUAGGUGAGGUGGUUUGUGGGUAGCAAUUUUCGCAAUUUAGACCAUCCUUGUUUAUAGCCAUACAGAUACAUGGACAACAAUAAUAAGAUGAUAAUGUAAAUUGGUUUACUCUUCUGAUGUACAAAUCAGCUAAGGCUUACUGUACAGAUUUAGAAUGGGUUCCUAUCAAUAAAACUUACACCAAAAUCUGCCGGCUAACAAUGGCUUCUUCCUUGCAUGUUGUCAAGAUUCGGCUCAUCAAUAGAUUCCUAAUACAUGAAUAUCUACAUUGAAACUCUGGUGACCAUAGCAAACUGGAAGGAUUCUAAGUGAAUGUUCAUUUUGUCUAUUUGUGUCCUCCACCUCAAGGCUAUUUAUAAAGUGAAAUAUUUCCAAUAAUUUGAAAGGACGUUUGAUUGUAAUGCAGCUUCCAGAUGAAAGUGAAGGAGCUUGAAGUGGAAAAGGCAUCAAAAAUUGAACAAGUACAGAGGUGGGUAGCACACAAUUUGUUAUGAAAUUUAAGACUUUACUGUCAUUUUAAUAAAAUAAUGUUGUCUUCUAUAAAUAAGGUGUCCUUCCUUUAUAGUCUGCAGACAGCUAUAACAGCAUCCACAGAAAGCAGAAAACAAGUGCAAGAAGAAAGUCAAGAGAGACAGAAAAAUCUAAUCAACCUUCAGCAUGAUCUCAGUCAGGUUGGAUUAUAAUAAAUUUUGACAAAAAUACGUUUUUAGUGGAGCUCUCUCUAGCGCGAGGCGGAGCACCAUGGGCAAGAAAAAAUGGUAACCUAUAGAUCUCAGAAAUUUUAGUUAUCAUGUGACCAUCAGUCCAUCCAUUCAUCCAUAUCAUCCACCCCCUACAUGUAAGAUGAUCUCAAGUGUCACAUUUACCACAUGCCUGGCCACCUACAUUUUUAGAGUGAAAAAAAACAUAGGCGAGUCUUUUUUUCCACUACAUUUUGAUGUGUACACUGACAUGGAUAUCACAGAAAGAGCUAGUGGGGGAGAUAAAAAACAAAUAAAAGAAAAAAAAUUUUGCUGGAAGAAUAACAAGAAUAACAUUUAAUAGCUGCAGCAGUGAGAAAAUGAGAAAUGCUAGUGGCCAGCAAGAUGAAAAAUGAGAAGCAGUGAAAAGAAAGAAGGAGCAGGAACACAAGCAACAAAAAUAAUGUUUUGUGAGGAAAUACGACAUUUUCUCCAUGAAAUGUGUAACUAAGAAGUUUCGUGGUUUGGACAUGCAAAACAAUGACAAAGAAUACAAAAAGUGUGCUGCGCAUGCAAAGUUUGUUUUUUUUGCUAUUGUUUGUUUGUUUUUUGGCCAUUCUGGUUGCCAUCGUUGUUUAGCAUUACAUGAUUUUAUUUUUUGCUUGCGUAAGUUUAUUAAUGAGAGCUUCGCUUUUAACCCUGGCUAAAUCUAUAUAAUGUUGAUAAAACCCAAAGCUUAUCCUACUAAAAGUCAAUGGUUAGCUGCUGUUGAGGAAUCCUCUUCUUUUUUUGUUUUCAGGUCAAUGUUGUUUUGAAAGAAAAGGAGACAUUCAUUGAUUAUCUUCAAAAGCAACUUGAUGAAACGAAAAGUAAAUUGGACUCUGAGGUUAGUACUGAAUUAAAACUUUGUACGAGUAGUCACAUGGGCUUAUCACUGGGGUAUUGAACCCUUUUGCAGGUAAAAACUGUUCCCUAGGGUUCUACCCUUGGUGACGGUUGAAUAGUGGUAUGCUACACGUAUGAGCUAAGCUAAGGUAAGAGUCUAAAGUAUAAUAGUUAGAGUACACCCGAUGCCCCAUGGGGCCAGAAGACUCAUGUUCCAUUAACUGUGUUCUACAAUUGGGUUGUAAAACUUUCUUUAACCUGAUCAAGGACAGUUUUUCUACCAACAGCAGCUCCAUUCUUGCCACUCUUGGUUACAGCAAAUUUUUUGGUCAGUCUUUUUUUCAUGUUUUGAUGUUUUGACAUUUUGUUGAGUGACACAAAAUGGUUUAGUAAAGUGCCACGAACAAAGUACAGUUUUGUGUUUAGGUCUCAUUGAAGGAAGAUUCCAAUCAACAAGUUCGAAACCUGCAAAAUCAGUUACAAGAGGAACAGAGACAGACCCAAAACAGGUGAGAUUUAGUUUCAUUUGUACGUUUUUGUUUGUUGGGGGGUGGGGGAUGGGGGAAGGUGGGGCAAGGAGGAAAUAUUAAGCAGCAAAUAUUUGAAUUAACUGAAACAUGGCUAGUUGUCACCAGAGAAUCAUGAUUACUUUGGGGUCUUAACACAAUGUACAAAUCUUUGUUAUUCUCCCUAUGAAUUAUGCUCGCAUUUGAAAAGCUGUUAUGCUGAGUUGUAGAAUGUUAAAAAAAAAUUCCACUGGGGCCUUUCAAAGUUUUUUCAUUGUUCAUGAAUUUAGAUGCCUUAUUCCACAGAGACUCAACAAUAAAAGAUCUUGAGACUAGCCUUCAGCAGAAAAAAGAUGAUAUUACAAGAUUUGAAGCUGAACGAACAGAACUUAUUGCUAAGGUACAGAGAUCGAAACCUCGAUAGAGCAAAUAAACCUCUGUAUAACAAAGUCCUCAGUAUGACAAACUAUUUUCUUAAUUACCCCAGUAAUAGUAAACCAUAUGAAAAACAACCUCAAUAUAAUGAAACCUCGUUAUAGCGAACAAAUUUGCCAAUCCCUUGGCCCUUCGUUAUAUCCACUGUACUAGUAAUUUAUCAAAAUAAUUACCCCACCCACAGUUGUAAUCUCUAGAUCUAUAAGUAUACAGAGGUGUAGACUAGCAGUGAAUUUUACCCUGCAAUCACAGCAAGAUUACACUUAUACACCCUGUACCUGUACCUGUAGUUCGUUAAAAAUAACCAACACCAGCAGUUGGUUCGGUAAAAGCCCUUUAAGUUCCAAGAGUUUCCAACAUCGAUAAUUAUUGUAACUAGGCUAACCAAUACUUAUAUUAUUCUCUCCUAACAAUUUCAAUACAUCAUCAAGAGAAAAGGUUUUGAGAAUCAAUGAAAUGAUCAUCAAAGCCUGGAGAAUACUUUCAUUUUUUAUCAAAUUCUCUCAACUUAUUUUGUAAGGAAAUGUAUGGAGAUCAGUCUGGAGAAAUUGUAUGUGAAUAGUGGGGCCUAUUGGUUUAAACAUUCUUCAAUCAGUCUCUUUAACUUUCAAUGAGGUAGUCAUCUUUAAGAUGGACACUCAGCUGUGCCAUUUCCAACUGCAUUUUUGUUUGAUAAAGUUGACUGAGUUUCUGUAUUUUACAAGUGAAAUUCAGGGAGUAAAACUUAGGAAAAAACAAACUUUAACCUCUUUAACUUUAACCAUAAGUGAAAGUUAGAAUGGGUCAGUAAUGACAGGUCUACAUGAGAAAUAUAUCCACCUGAUGACAGUUAGAUAAGAAAUGAGAAUUGAAAUGGGAAAGUGAAAUACUGUUUAGGUUAAAUAGCAUAAAAACUGAAAAAACUGCUGGUGUAGAAUGUUUUGAAUGUUGUUCAGAGAAAAUUUUUUUAAAUAAAAUUGAUUUUAUUUCAGAAAUAGGCCUCUGAGUAGAAACUGAAAAAAAUAGUAUUCAAGGGACUCAAGGAACUGAAAUGUUCAAAACAAGAAAACUUCAGUUUUCAAAAGUUAUGUUUGAAUAUUAUAAAAUUUGGUGUAUUUUAUUCACAUAAUCACCUUAUUUAUAUUGUUUUCAUUGCAGAUUGAAGCCGGUGGUGGAACAGAGACUAUUAUUAAUCAACUCAAACAAGAAAAGGUAAUUAAAGAACCUCUAGGACAACUAGGAAUCUUCUGAACAUUAUAGUUUUGUUUGAAAAGAUUCUGUAUCCUUAACAAUGAUAUAAUUUUUAUUUUGUGUGGUUAAAGGAAUAAGAUUUGAACUGUGGAAAUAAUUUGAUAUGCUGGAAUCUUUCUGAAGUUUGUAGUAGCUGUUGUUAGUUUAUUCUUUUGAUGUACUUUCCUCAAAGUUUCCAGUCACCUUGCUCAUCUUCCUCUUUUCAUCCCAUCACUUAGCACUGAAAACCUUCUUGUUUCCUGUUUGGUUAUCUACAGGAGAGCUAUCAGAAAAGGUUACAAGAGGUGGAAGCUUCCCUUCAUACUCAAGCACAAGAACAUUCCAAGAAAAUCGAAGAGAUGCACAAGGAACACAAUAAGGUGACCAUGAUGUAACAAAUAUCAUGAACUACUAACAGUCAAUUCUUCAGGUUUGUUUCAAGAUAGACCGAGGUUCCCAUCCCACCUGAAACCCUUAUUGAUAAUUGGAAAAUGCAAACUCAGACUGAAAUUUUCUCAGAAACCUUAAUAGGAGAUUGGCCCUCCCUCCCUGGGAAUUCUCUUGUGGGGGUGGUGAAGGAAACUAAGCAGGUGACCUAUUAUAGAGUCAGAAGGGAUUUUUCCAAAGUGUUCUGAUGAUUAACUUGAUCAUCUAAUGGUGGAAUUAGGGAACUGCGUUUUGUCCAAAUUCUGAUAAUUUCUUGAGCCUUUAGGCGAGGGAAUUUAUUAGAACUUGGACAAAAAGCCAGUGAACUAUUCACCCAUUUUAUGAGUACACUAUUGUUAUGAUUACCUAGUUUAUAAUCAUGGGUGACAAAUUAUGCUCACAAUUUGCUUACAAUUGUGUUUUUUUUUUACGUUUUUAUUGUACAUGCACUGAAGCAUUAGGAGCAUAAAAGUUCUCAAGUUUCUGAAUUUGUAAACAAAAUACUUUUUGGAAUUUUUCUUGAUGUACUCCUCCAUGUGUUUAGGUUUUCUAUAGUGUCUUUUAAUGCCCUAACAUCUUCAUUUAUAACAUUUUAAAACUUUGAAACCAUAUUGGCACUGCAACAUAAGGAACGUUGCCAUGGCAAUUUUGUAAUUUCACAUGUUGAAUUUUAAAUUAAUGUUGAAAUUUGGAGCCAAAACACUAAGGAGUAAUUUGUCACCCAUGAUGUUGUAAUUAUUCAAAAAGUAAGCUGUUAGUUUGUUCUCUGCAGAUUGAGGAGGCGUUAGCCAUAGCAAAGGACACCUCUGGAAAACUGGAAAAUUCUGUGCAGGAUCUAACAACCAUGUGCAGUAAUUCAUCCCAACAAAUAGAGGAGUUGAGGAAAGAAAUAAAAGAAAAAGUGAGUUUCUAUAGAGUAAAUGCAUCCUUUCAUACUAUGCUGUAAAGAAUAUAACCAAUCAUUAUUUAGGUAGAGAUCCUUUGAAUAUACCUUCUGCAGCACAUGACUGGUCAUAUUUACAAGAAUAUCUGGUGGUGCUUGAGCUUUCCACAUUUUCCUGCAGAAAAAAGAUCAGAUUGUGACAGGCAAAACGUUUUAUUCUACAAACAUUUGUCCUGAGUGAGUUUGUAACCAAUAAUGAAAACUCAAAUUUUAACUUCUUUAGAAUGUAAAAUGUAGAAUGUAAACUUCUCAGAAGUCCAAGUUAAAAUGAGGAACAAAACUGAACAGACAGCAAUGAAAAAAGAAGUGAAAGGAUUUAUAAGAGAACAACAAAAACAUACCAGCAACCCAGUGUUGCGAAGACCAGCUUGGAUCUAAAGGAAAUCAUUUUUUGUCAAAACAAGUCUAAAAACACAUCAUAAAGUCAUUAAAUUUAUUAAUAUUUGUUGAUAUCAUCACUAUUAUUAUCAUUUUUAAUUUUUUGUUUUAUGUUGUUAUUUUAAGAGUGAAAAUCUUGUCGCUCUUGAAGCUGCAAAGGCUGCUGAAAAGUCAGUCUUAGAUGAGCAAGUCAGGUCUUCCCAAGAGACCUUGCAGGAGAAGCUAAAAGAGCUAAGUGCUCUUCAGCAACAAAAUAUAAAGGUACAGCAGAAUGCUAACAUUAUGUUGCUUGAUUAGGGAAGUGGGUACCACGCAAGUCAGGUAAUAUAGCAGAAUGCAAGGUGCUUAGCCUAGUACAGCUGAAGUAAUUUAAAUUUAUCAUCAUCAAAUUUGUUUGGGAAAUAGAUCAGGGCUUCCUUGUCUAUUGGGCAAGUAAGCUUUAAAAGUUACUUGCCCAGCAAGAAAAUCUAUUUUGUCUCAGACUACUGGAUGAGGUGUUACUGGAGCCCUGAUAAAUGCUUGAUAAAUCAACCAAGUUGUGACCAUCAAAAAAGUGAUCAUCCAAGAUAUCAAUUCUAUUAACUUAUAGCCAAUUUCUCCCCACUAUGGCUACAAUUAAUGUUUGGAGUUUCGGAAGAAGAAUCUGUAUUUUGAUGGGUUUAAAUGGCUAGGUUGUCAAUUUGAAUCCACACUUAAAUAUUUCUUGUUUAUUGUAUUCUGCUUUUCAAGCUCAAAGACGAUUACAGUGGGUUACGUGAACAGCACUCUGAACUUGAAGUUAAAGUGAAAACAUCUGAGAUGGAAAUAGAAAGUCAAGCAAAAAGGUGUGCUCAGCUGGAAAGUGAAAUUAAAGGAAAGGUGUGCAAACCAUUAAAUUUGAUUGUAGAAAAUGUGCAGUACUUAUUACAUAAUUUAUCAAGGGAUUCCAUCAGGAUGAAACUUACCAUCAGGAUAAAUUAAAAGCAAGUCAGAGUUUAGCACUUCUUUUCUCCCCAUUUAACUUGUUACAUCACUUAAGGUGGAUUUUGUAUUGCUACAAAAACUGCAAUAUUUAAACGUUUUGAGUUUUACCCUGUUUUUUUUUUUUAUUUAAUGAAAUCAACAAUAGUGAUGGGAGUUUGUUUUAUUUUUGUUAGGUUGAGGUUGUGACACUACUUCAACAAGAAAAAUCCUCUGAGAAAACGUCACUUCAACAACAAAUUGAAAAUAUUCAACAGUCCCUGAGUAAAAAGGAUAGGGAACUGGUAGCUGUACAAGGGGAACUUCAAAAAGUAUGUUCCUGAUGGUAAACUAUUUUUUAAAAAAAUGUGCAUAUAUACUACAUUAUUAUAAACUGAACUGCUGACAUUUGCUUGUGUAAUUUGUAGUACAAAGAAACAUCGGCUGAGAAAAUUAAAUAUCUGGAAACUGAGAAGGAACAACUAUCCCUGAGUUUGACCUCUUCCAAGAAUUUAGUGGAGGAAAAGGUUGGUUGAAUCUUUGUAAUUUAAUGAAUGUUAUUAUUAUUUUUAUUAUGGAAAUCUGUUGUGGACUUAGAUUACUAUUCAGUUGUCAAGUAGUUUAUAAUCCUAACCCUAACCAGUUUUUCUGUGUUUUUUUUUAGGAGAAAUCUAUCACCAUCUUGGAAUCGGAUCAUCAGGAAGCAAAAAAGGAAAUUAUUUCAUUACAGGAACAACUUGCCUCCAUUUCAGAAGUAAGUGCAGAUCUAGGUAACUUCCAUGCAUGCUGACAGACACAUUUGAAGAUAAGGAAUAUCACUAUAUAGUACUUCCUUUUAAAACAUGAUCUCAAUUAAGGACCUUUGUAAAAAUUAAAUCUUCAUAACUGGCAAAUUGCUGGUCAAUCUCUCCACUAAACAAUGUACAAAGUAAAUUCCAGACUUGCUGUACCUGUAAGUAUGCACUUUUGGUUCCCCUUGUCUUUUACAGUCACAUUUUCUUCAUGUAGAUGUAUGAACAGUAAACAGCAAGCAAUAAUGAUUAAUGAUAGCACUACAUCUGUGUUUUUUGAAUUACUUUGUUUUGAUAGACUGUAAAAGACAAAACUGAUCAACUGGAAAAAAACACUAAACAACAUUUUGAGGAAAAGGUCAGUACUUGAAUUCCGUUUGUAAAUCUGAAAACCAUUUUCUUUAUUUUCUCUGUUGAUUGCAAAGUCAAGAUAUUCCCUUCCACCCUUAAAAUUCCAAAUCAUGUUUCCCUGUUAUUUUUUGGCAUAUCAUUGUGAUAUUUCCAUGUUAUCUUUGUAUGUGAUAUUUUCUCAUGUAUCAGUAAGCUUAUGUUUCUCUCUGGUGAUAUUCCUGUGCUGUUCCAUUAUAUAAGUGCUUGGAAUGCUUACCCAAAACAUCCUUUGUUGUAAUGUUAUUUGUUAUGGAUGCCUUUCUUAUCAUUGCUUUGCAGAAAGCAUUGGAGGCAAAAUUAUCUGAGUUAGACACGAACAACAGGAACCAGACAUCAGAACUAAUGUCAACUCUAAAGAAUGUUAAGGAAAAACUACAUGAAAAAGAGGUAUUUUAAUCAAUAAUCUUAAUGUUAAUGAGUUAUAGCCCCUGAGUACCUAAUCACUCAUAAGUUGUUGUUUUUUUUUUCGAAAUAGGAAUUGUGUGCAAAACAAGCUGAAGAACAUCAACAGCUUCAACAGAAGGUUUUUAAUAUAGAUAUUUCUUACUGCUUUCAGUGGGAUUUGUUUCAUAUCAAUUUUAACACAUUCCCCCCUGGAAAUUUUGCAGAAAAACGUGUUUUGAAGUUAGUCAAGUGGUUUUCUGGUCACUGUCGUGCUUUAAGUAGCUAAAACUUACCACAAAGAAAGCAAUUUACAGGUCGUCACACCUUUCGGGCCCUCUGAUCCAGACACAAAAAAUUAGCUUGCGAAGUUCGGGCAUUGCCAGAAAGAAAAAUUUCGUUUUGGGGCUUAAAAGUGACCCAGCAGUCUUGACUUUUACGUUUUACUUUCUCCCCUCCCCUCUUGUUUAGUUUUUCUUGUCUUUUUUUUUCUUUUGCUGGGCAUUUAGUAGGCUUCAUUUUGGUGAGAAAUGUUUUUAGGAGUAAAGCUUUUAGGAUCUAUAGCAAAGUUAGCGGAAAAAGUUGUCCUUGACCAUUCAAACUGAUGACAUGACAAGAUAUAGAAGGGACAUGGAUCCGCACAGGCGGUAACCGGCGGCUCAGGGGGGCAUGUGUUAAAACUGACUUGGCUUUCUAUGAAGAGACAUCAUUGUUUAAAAUGUGUUUGUGUUUCUUUUCACUGUAGAUUCAGCAACUGGAACAAGGAAAAACUGACCUAGAGAAAGCUAUGAAAGAACUUGGAGAGGUGAGUGUGUUAACUGUGGAACAUCAAAUGGGAGCGCACCAUCAAAAAAACCUUUGGAGAACAGUAUCUUCAAGGGUGGAAUGUUGUGUGUUUGGGGUUCGUUACAGUGUGUGCAGAGAAUAAAAGCUUAUGACACAAGAACACGAGCGUCAGCUCCAGAAAUAACUCAGUGUGUGGCUUCAGUCAGUGCAACUGAAUACAGUUCAGGCUUCUCUAAAAUUUGACCUGACAGCAAGUGUAAAUGAUUUAACUUUGUAACUUUGUAACUUUUGUAACUUUUGUAACUUUAUUUGAUUUACCACAAAAUACAAAUAACGAUAAAACAAGACAGUUACACAAAAGCAAAUGAAAGUGGCGAGGAAGCCCAAAAAGAAACCAUGAGGCUUAUAGAAAUUGGGCUCCCUCAGAAUAAAAAUAAAGUUAACAUUAACGGUAAGGCCAGGAUCGAAAGUAAAAUACAAUGAAGGUAAGUAUAAAAUAACUAAUUACAUAGACUGAGUUGACAGAAUAUAAAGUAUGGUACAAGUAACAAUAAGUAUAAAAAUGAUAUCAGACAUGUGAAGAAAUAUAACUGUUUACUACUAGAUUUAUAACUAAUAAUUCAUAUAUAAUUUUUUUUUCAAUUUCGUUUUGAAUAAGUGGAGAGAAUUAGAUUCUUUAAUAUCAUUUUCUAUAGAGUUAUAAUAAGUAGGUCCUUGGAAACUGACAGAAAAUUUACGAAGGUUUGUUCUACAAGAAGGAAGGUGAAAAUCGUCCGCUUGUCUAGUGGCAUAGCUAUGGACUUGUUUGUUUAAAGAAAAAUAAUUGUUGAACUUUGAAGGCAAAAGAGAAUGGUUAAGAGCAAACAUAAGUUUACCCAAUUCUAGCUGUCUAGUAUCGGAAAGUAAAUGUUUUAGUAGUUCUAAUUCUUUGAAAAUAGGGUCUGAAUGAGAAUCGAAAGAUGAUUUAGAAAUAAUUCUAAUAACUCGCUUUUGCAAAGAGACAAUACGGCGAAGAUUGGUCUUGUACGUAGAUCCCCAGACAAUAAUACAAUAAUGAAGAUAAGGAUAAACUAAACAAUAAUAAAGAGUUUUUAGACAGGGUUAAGGUAGAAAAAAUCUUGCUCUAUUAAUGACUCCUAUUGAUUUCGAGAUUUUACGAACUACUUGAGAAAUGUGCAGUUUCCAAGACAGAUGUUCAUCAACGACUACACCGAGGAAGACCGUUUCCUUAGCCUGUUCGAUUCUCUGGUCAUUUAUGCAUAUUUGCAUUGGAAAAUGAUACCUUUUCUGUCUAGGCUUAAAUAACAUAAAGUUUGUUUUCUUCAGGUUUAAGUUCGGAAUUGAGUGAUGCUGCCAGGUAGACAGGAUCUUUAUGGGACAUAAAUAAAUUAGUAUCAUCAGCGAAUAAAAUCAGUUCGACGAGCGUCGAUACGUUAUUUAAAUCAUUAAUAUAGAGUAAGAAAAACAAGGGGCCUAAAAUGGGGGACACCACAGCAGAUAGUUUGAGGAGAGGAGCAUUGACUGUUAAAUUGAACUAAUUGCAACCUGUUGGAGAGGUAGCUUCUAACCCAGUCCAGAGCCACGCCACGUAUACCAUAGUGUUCGAGUUUGUCAAGCAGAAUAUUAUGAUCGACGGUAUCAAAGGCCUUAGAAACAUAUUAACAUAUUAUAAUGUAUGCAGUUGAUGUCCUUCUUUGGGACACCUCUACAUAGGGACACCUCCAUUAAAGGGACACAAAAUCUGGUCCCAAAAAAAUGUUAACAUAAAUUAUCUUUGUUUUUGUUACCUGCCGAUAUACUGAAGAGACACCUCUAUUCAGGGGAAAGGGGCACCAUUUCUGCGUCCCGAAACCCAGGUAUCACUUCCAUUCAGGGCACUCCUUAGUACACAAAACAUGACUGACCACAAAAAGGGUUAGAAGUUUAAGUGUACCCUUGUCACUGUGGGACAAAUUUCACAGCAUGAUCCAUCUCACUUAACUCAGUGUACUACACUUGUAGGAAUUCAACACGCAAUAUCACAGAGACAAGUUAAUCAUGUUUUUCAAACAUUAUCUAGCAGAUUCCGAGGCAGAAUGUAUAAAAAAUAUUUUAUUUGUUGGUUAAUAAUUAUUAUUAACAAACCCUGGCUCAACCUCUCUUCAGGGGACAUUUGCAAUGGUAACAAGGGAGUCCCCUGUAUGGAGGUUCCCUAAUUAGGACGCUUUCUUGGCCUUCACAUUUGUUUGUCUUGGUUAUUGUCGCCUGUGCUGCCUUUCUAAAAUGAAAUCCUUGAAAUUUUCUUUUCCUUUCUUUUACAGGCCCACCAAGAGCGAAUAACUGUUUUAGAGACUGAAUAUAGCAAUAAGGAAAUGAAAUUACAGGAACAGGUCAGAUUGUUGUUCGUAGUGAAAGUUACACAACCAGACUCAAGUCAUUCUACUAAUGGUUCGAUGAUUUGAGUUAAUCUUUUGAGUGUGUACGGAAACCAUUAAUGCGCAGAUCAUUCAAAGAAGAUCGUCAGAGCAGCACUUUCGUUUGGUGCCCCUUACUAUUUUAUAACUUUAAUUUUCUUUUUACUUCACUUUUAGGCAAGAUAGGUAACUUGAUUAGUUGGUGAUCGUUUAAUUAAAAUUUUUGUUUUUGUUUUCGUUUGCAGUUUUUGUGUGUGUUACCAAAAUCUGUAUGAGAAUUGCAAUACUUUUGUCUUGGCUAGUAAAUCUUUUAGCUAAAGUUCAUGUGACAUUUUCUUUCAAAGCUUGCUGAACAAGAAAAAAUUGCAAGUGAGAUGCAAACAUCAUUGGAGCAAAAAGAUGAUCGAAUGACUGGAAUGCAGAGAAGAAUAGAAGUAUGUGACUCUUGUCUGCCUUAGAUUGCCAACACUUGUGCUGUGAUGAUUUUAAUCAAAGCCAACUGGUGUGUACUGCUAACUUAAGCAAGCUACUUUUGACUUUUGAUUAAUAUUAGAGGGUUAAAUCUUUCUCUACAGGUUUUAGAGGAAGAAGUAAAGAAGGAAUGUGAGAGUUGUAAAAACUACGAAGCACAACUUUGUAAGAUGCAAGUAGCAUCCAAGGUAAUCUUUCUUAAGCCCUGUUUCACUGCAGCCACAUGCAUGCAACUGUUCAUUAUUUUCAUUUUUCUUUCUUCUCUUCUAAGGAGGAGCAAGAAAGGAGAAGUAAACUUGAGAAAGAACUAGAAGAUGCUAGAAGUGAUAUUAAGGUAAAAGCUGUCCACAUCGCCUUCACCCAAAGUACUUUUUGAAAAGCUUCUAUCUGUGAGUGGUGUUUACUCGCUUUAUUUACGGUCUACGUUUGAAAAUGUAAAAUGUGAGAUUUAAUUUUUAUGAUUUAUGGUAAGUGACUAGAGAAGCACGUACUGUUCGGUUUACACCACAAAUGCCAUACUGUGAACGAGCCUUCUGAUUAGGGGGGAAAGAGCACAACUCUUUUUGUCUCCUCAUUACACUGCGCUUUUUCACUUCUAUUUACUUAAUCCCCAAAACAGAGCUUGUUCACAAGCUAUACAGGCCUAGAAGGGAAAUAACAUACCAGUAAGCGAAGAAAAAGAUUUUAACAGUAGUAAGAAUGGAGCUGAAGAUCACCACUUACUUUCCAUUCUCAGGGCAGCAGCGAUACUCCAGACAAAAAGUAAACUGCUCUGUGUUAGCUUUGGUUCAUGAGUGACAUAUAUCACUUCCCCAGACUUAAACUUUGUUCUUGAGGGGCUUGAAAUCAGUCAACUCUCCAAGACUUACAUUACAGCAGUGUAUUAAGAAGGUCUCAACUUUUCUGUUUAAGAGAUCUGUCUGCCUUAUAACAAACACAUAAAGAAGACUUAAGAAUGACAGGAACCCAACUUUAGGUUGGCGGGGCGGAGGGAGGGUGUUUGUAUUACAGAAUUGUCUGUUAACAGAGGGUUGACUGAUCAGAGAGUUGGCUAUACUCUACUUUUCAUUGCUUUUCCCUCAUUGUGAAUGUUGACUGUUCCCAGGACCUUCAGGGCCAGGUAGCGGCGGGAGAGGAGGAACUGGGGCAAGUAAAAAGACAGGCAGAAGAAACUGAAGGCAAUUUGAGGCAAACUGUUGAGCAAAUCAUUGAAGUGAGGCUUUGUUUUGUUUUGUUCAAUUCUAUGUCACCAUUGAUGACUGUUAAGUGAAUUGUCAUUUGCCUUUUGUUCUGGUAGACUAAUCGAGGCUAAGUCACUAACGUCACAGAAACAUCUCAGUCGUGUCUAUUGUUGUCGGGAAAGAAGGGAGAGGAAGAAAAAAACAACACUCAUUAAAUAUAGUUUUGCAUUUUGUUUCACUAUUUUUAACAAUUUUUUUGUCCCUCUCAGGCAAAGAAUUCACUGGAGACGCAAAUGUUGAAUCUAAAUAGUGAUUUAAAAACUGCUAGGGAACAAACAGAGAAAGUACGAGGAGAAAAGGUACUUUAAUGCUCCCUCCCCUGUCCCUUUAUUUCUGCUCCUACGUUUCGCGCAUGCUCUUUUCUUCAGUAUUUCUUCACUUACCUCCACUCUCCCACUAUCCUCAGUGCAUCAUUUAGAUUACUAGAAAUCAAAGUCGUGUUCCUGUUUUGACGUUUUUUACUUCUCUGUUCAGAAUUCAGUCGAACAAGAGGUAGAAAAUCAGAGAGAAGCUUUUAAUGGUUUAAGGUAAGCUAGCAAGCGUCAAUGAAGUUUGGUUCCGGUGUAAAUAAAGAGUGUAAUAGUUUAAAAUGGGAGGGAUGCCUUUCUUUGGUGCUGGUGCAGUUAUAAUAAUAAUAAAUAAUAAAUAAUAAAUGUUAUAGCCAGGGUUAUCUCUUCAGCAUAAAAUGCUGAUAUCAAUGAGUCCCCUGAAACAUUAUCGUCUGUUUUUAGGAUCUCUCUGCAAACAAGGAUAGAAGAAUUAGAGAAAAAUCUUGCCACUGAACAAGAAAGCAAAGAAAAGGUAAGUAACUUUAUUAUUGCACUAGUGGGACCGCUUAAAUAACAGAGAUUCAGCAAGCAACAGAAAUUGUGCAGCGUUGAACUGCCGCAACACUGUUGUUUGUUACAGGUUCAACAGGAAGCUCAGGAGAAACAGCAGCUUCUAAUCAAGCAAAAGCUGGAAAUAGAAAACAAGCUACAAAACACUGAAAAAGAUUUGAAAAAGGUUAGUGAUGGAGCAGUGUUAAAAUGAUAAAACACGGUUUUUAAUGAAGCUGGCCUGACCUUCCCCUCGCGAAGACUAUUAACGUUAGAUAAUGAUGUAAACUUCUCCUGAGCGGUCUUCCUGACUUAUAAGAUGACAAGACAGCUCUCUUUCAGCUAUCCUAAUGACGUAAAAGACAACUUUAACAUAAAAUGAUCCUAGCUGAAUUUGAAAUUAUAUAUAUAUAUAUUUUAAACUAAACUGAGCGCAGAAGAGGAGCAAGUUGUCAAUACUAAAUCCUACUUUCUGGGUUUCCUUCAAUGUAGGCCAUAGAAGAGCACGAGGAAACAAAAGAGGUUUCUAAGCGAGUUCAGCUGUUGCUUAAAGAGGAAACAGCAGCUGUUCAAACCAAACUGGUAGGAAAGUAGUUUUGUGAAAUCCAAACCCUCCUUGCAAGCACCCAAAUUCUGGGGCCGCGCCGUUUAUCUAUACAAAAAAAGGCAGAAGAUGUUGUCUCACUCAAAGAUAAGCUUGUAAAUUGCGCUGUAUUAUGGAGGUAUCACUAGUGUCAUCAUCACCCUUUCUUGGAACAAGUGCCUUAAUUUACGACUUCCUGUACAAGGAAUUCUUAUUUAAAUAACUCUGCAUUUUUAGGCGAACGAAACCCAAGAACUAGAAGAGCUAAAGAAGGACAAGGAACAAACUGAAGCCAGGUUAAAUAUUCAGAUUUCUUCAAUAAAUGAAAACCUUGCUGCGGCAAGGGCUGAGGCGCAGAAAUAUCAACAAGAAACGAAAGAGACUCAGGAGAAUCUUGAACAAGCAGAGAAGCGAAAUGAUGAUUUGAAAGGAGAAACUGCUGGUGAGUGCGGACUGGUGACUAGUGAGCCUCGGUAUGGUGUAUGUAUCAAUCAAACAGUCAUACACCGCAAACUCAGAAAUCCUUUUGGAAAAUUAACUUUUUCAACAGUGCGAUCUCAGUGUUGCUAUCAUUCGACUUUGUUGUUAAAGCGACGAAAAGUAUUAUGAAAUCCCUGCUCAGUAGGGGACAUAAAACUUGGUCCAUUUUCUCUAUAUUUUUUACAUCAGGAGACAUGAUUCACUAACAGGGGCUCUGUACUGUGGUGUCCGUCUCUGUACUGAUCGGUUGGACAGCUGGUUUUCCUAAUUUUAAACUUGUAUUUCAUUAUAGUUUUGGAAGCAACUGUUCAAAAUAAUUUAGACGAAAGGAGAAAACUUCUUGAAAGGUUUGUGACAGUCUACGUUCAUUUUUAAGAAAAAACUGAUUUUCAAACAUACCACUUGUUAGUUCAGAGUGAAAUAGAAUAUUACUGUUAAUUGCAGAUGUGUAGCGGGAGACGAGGCCUUGGAGAAACAGAAAAAAGAAAACGUUGAACUAAAAAAAAAAGUAGAGAAUGCACAGGCCGCUAUGAUGGAACUUACACAGGAAAACCAAUCACUACAGGUAAGUCUCAGCACCACCUUAAGUUCCUAAUCAAGUCACGUCAGGGCCAACACUGUUGUGAUAAAUAAAAUAGGCUUAGUAGGCUUUCCAGUAAUUAGUAAUUGUUUUGAUAUGUAAGUAUGUAAGAGCGUUAUACAGAACAGAGCGCAGUGAGACUAAAGUAGGUGAUGUGAGUGAUAGCAACGACAUUAGUGUGUAAGCAAUGUGAAAACAAGGUGGACUAAGUGUGAACAAACUAAGAAGCUAUAAUCUGCUAAAUGACAAUCAGCUGUUGGAGAUGGCUCAAGACCGCCAUCAAUGGAGGAAACUUGUGGUCGACUGCUCCGCAGCCGAAGGAUUAUGAUGAUGAUGAUGAUAAGAGAAUAACAAGACAAUGUAUCCACAAUGUACCCUGAUUAAUUUGCGUACCAAUUAAAUAAUGUGAGUAGAGUGGCCUAGGCGAGUAAUACGAACGCAAUGGAGCCUAGGUUCGGUAAUAGAUUGGAACCCCAGUAUAACGAAAUGCCAGGACACUGGAAAAUGUUUUGGUUAAUACGGUGAUGUGGUACGUUAUAUACACCUCAUUAUCCGACCGGGUUGUUUUUUAUAUCGAAGUUCCCAGCUCUGCCAUGUAAGACAACUUCAGUUGAGACCGCAUCCGUCUUCUUUUCAGAUUUUAAACAAUCAAAAGAAUGCUCGGAGAUGGGAAAACGAUGACGACGUUACAACUUGCAAUGGAUGCGAGAGGCAGUUCUCCAUGACCAUAAGAAAGGUUUGUUUCAGGGCUCUAAAGGAAGAUCAAACCUCUAUCACAUCAUCUAUACUGUUUGCAAUGUUCUUUUGUUUCUUGCUAAUAUUUUUUCCUUCGUUUUCAGCAUCAUUGUCGGAAUUGCGGGUAAGCAUAUAAACACUUUCACGUUUCCUCUGUGAUUUAAUGUUUGCGUUCAUUCCCAAAACUACCAUGGUACAUUUCUUUUUUGAUAACGAACAUUGUUAGUUAGGAAGUUUGAGAACAGAAAGUCAUAAAACCGAAGGAGGAAUCUUAUUUCUCCUUACUUUGUUGAUUAUUUUUUAAUCAGGCAGAAGGGCAAUGUGAAUGAAGUUAGUCAACAGCUAGGCAAUAUGGCUGGAUAUUACACCUGAUUUAAGUGGUCAACCUCUCAUUUCUCCAUACAAUGUUAAUUCAUUAUCAAUUUGGCAGGUGAGGAGAAGAGAUAAUGUCAUCAAGAGUGUUUUACUGAUGCUUGUCUCGUCCUUUGUAGUUUGAUUUACUGUUCCGACUGUACUGCAAAAAGUGCGCCUCUUACUUCAAGCAAGAAACCAGUGCGAGUAUGUGAUAAGUGUUUUGCGGACGUCACAUCAGGCACAGCCAAGGUACACUCC